AUGCAGGCGGGCGGCGGCUGGUUCGUGCCGUGGACGAUGGGCAUGCAGAAGUUCGCGGUGGCGCUGCCGAUGGGCGGCGUAGUGCCGCUGGUGCCGCCCCUGCUCGCUGCCCUGCCGCCCGCGCCGCCGCCGCUGCGGCUCAUCGCGCCCCCUCCCCUGCCGCAUCAGGCGGCCGGCGGCAGGAAGGUACGCGGAUCGAAGAAGAAGCACGUCGUUGAG